UGUAAAGCGGCUUGGAUUUGACAGACCACAGCGGCGCUGGCUUGGGAUGUGGAGUGUGUGCGAGAUACGAAUGCAACAGGAAUGCGAAACAGAUUGGCUUAUACUGUUGCUCUGAAAAGGAGACACAUGGAACUCAUCGAGCGUUGAUUUAAAAGAAAAAAAAACACAGGACAGGAGGAUAUAAAACAAAAUAGAAAAGAAAACACAAAACUAGAGUAUCGUUCUGGAAGGAAACUUAGAAAACAGGGCUGCUGAAAAUUAAGAAAAUGCUGCGGGCGUUCUCCUUUCCUAUGAGCCUGGAACGCAUCAGGAAUAAGGAGAGGUUGGAAGCGAGUCUGGCCGGGCUGUGUGAGCUGGACUUUCUGAAGCAGAGGCAGGAAUACCUGGUUCACAGCGCGCUCCGAAUCGGGCUCCAGGGCAAUAAGACAGCCGACCCCCGAGCGCUGCAAGCCGAACCCGCCACUCGGAGCCAGGAGGAUUUCACUUUGAGACAGCAACUGAAUGGGCUGGUGUCCGCGUUGGAGCAGCAGGUGGGGGAGCUCCAUGUGCACGGAGGUGGCCCUCUCCUCACGGACCCCUCCUCCGAGCUGGGAGACAGCCGGCCAAGCUCAGGUUUUUACGAGUUGAGUGAGAGUCUGUCCCCCAUUGGCCAAUCAGAUUCUUCUGUUUUCGGGGACUUCCUGCCUGGCUACUCGAGGAUGGGGGGGCUGGCCGAAGCCCGCAUGAAUUACGCUAACGAGCGCCCCAAGUCUGUAGGUGACCUCUUCCUGAUGGAUCAGGACUGUCUGGGCCGUCUCUCCGACAGCAGCCCCCUCUCCCUGGUCCCUCGCUCCUUCUCCUCCCCCUACCCACACUCCCCCGAAGGCACAGCCGAGGGGCGCUACCCCUGGGACUCGCCCUACUCCUUCCCCGGGCCUAGCCAGCUGGGUUCCUGCUACUCUGAGCAGCCCUACCAAGACUCCGGCGAGCAGCCCAGCGCGGGAGACUUCCAGCAAGCGCACCGCGUAGAGAGCUACAUCCUGGGGCUGCUUCAGAGGAGAGCCCUGCCUCCCAGACCCUCCAUACCUCGCACCAGCCUCUCCUCUGAGCCUCCCAAGGGCCUGGCCAGGCAGAGCAGCCUCUGUCUCAGGCAGGCGGAGUCUGGAGAGAGCAGGUACACCCAGGGAGGGAGCAUAAAUCCCUCCCAAGGCUUCGAGGGCAAGGUCAGGCCACUGUGGGCAGGCCAGGGGAUGGAACAGGUGGAGAGCUACCAGGAAGAGGCCCUGUCCCAGCUGUACCAGAGGCAGCCCCUCAGACCAACCUCCCUGGAGUACCGCCACCAGGAGCAGGCAUCCCUCGAACCAAACCUGGGAGAGGCAGGGAGUGAGCCGGAAUACCAGGAGGAGCUGGAAGAGCAGGAGUACCCCCAGUCCCCGACCUCAGCCUUCCAGUACUGCGAGGUGUACCAGGAAUACCGCGGGCAGAGGUCGCCCCUGGCCGACGAGGAGAUGGUGAGCGCUCAGUACAUCCCAGCCCAGCAGUCCGGCCGCAGCUCGGGACCACACAGCUACCAGAGACACCUCAGCAAGCAAGCCUCCUUCGGGGGCCGGAGCCGCGGAGAGUCGCCCCGCUCCCCGGAGAGGUUCCCUUUCCAGCACCCCAGCAGGGCUAAAAUGACACCCAAGAAGUGUCGCUUCACAGAGGACGGAGGGCCCAGAUCCGGGGCUAAGAAAUCAGGCAAGCAGGCCUGCAGGUCCCAGUCUGAGAACAGCCUAAUGGGGCAGCGAGGCGCCCCAGAGCGGAGGUACAACACAGUGGAGAAGGAGGAGGUGUACGGACGGGGGGCCCAGCAGCAGCAGCAGCAGCAGCAGAGGCCCAAACGAGCGAGUGGGAGUGGAGGCAGCAGUGGCAGCAGCGAAGGGGGUUACCGGAAGUGGAGGUCCACUCUAGAGAUCAGCCAGGAUGAGGAUGAAUCUCAGUCUCAGAGGCGCUCCCGGAAACAACGCCUCCCUCCACUCCCCCUGCCACCUCCCCCCUCCAGACCCCUGUACCAGGCUGAUUUCGGGGAGCCCCUCUCCCCCCCGCGGGCCCCAGUCUGCCUCCCGGAGGAGGACCUGCGAGGCUAUGCUGUGCCCAGCCUGGGAGACAGCGAGUCCAGCCUGAGUGAGGAGGCAGACUCCCCGGGGUCAAGCUCGCUGUCCAGCGAUUCGGAUGAAAGCGGGGGGCUGGUGUGGCCCCAGCAGCUGCCUCCCAAGCUGGGGGGGGCCCCCUCGUCCUCCUCAUGCUCCUCCCCCUCCUCCUCCGCCUGCACCCCAGCAGGCGCCCAGCCCAAAGUCUUUGUGAAGAUCAAGGCUUCGCACGCUCUGAAGAAGAAGAUACUGCGAUUCCGGACAGGGUCCCUCAAAGUCAUGACCACCGUGUGAGGACUGCUACAUCUAUCAUGUAGAGCCAAAUCCAUGGGCCACUGGCUUUCACAAAGCUUGUUAUUGCUGUGCUUAUUCCUAAUAUCAUAGAAAACUAAAAUCUCCGGUACCAUUUCCAGUUAAGCAUUAUGAUUGCCAUUAUUUCAUAGGUCUGAGAUUUACGUGUAUGAAAAACACAUUCAUUUUGAUAAAGGUGAAUUCGAUUUUUUUCAACAGAGAAGAAUAUUUAUACUUUACUUUAAUGAUGUACUUCCGGUCAACUUAGUCAGCUCGAUUAAAGAAAAUUAAUGGCAAUUAAUGGUUAUUUUUUUUUCGGAUUGAAACGUAUAUAUUUAAAAACAUGCGCACAGGAAGAUUGAUCUUGUUUAAAAGUUCCGAAGCAACGCACGUGUGCUGACAGCACAGCAUGGAAAAGAGCGCAAGAGAGUCAGUUUUAUUGUUUAGAAAUGCUAUGAAAAAAUAGCAUUCAAAAUGAAAUUUGACGUAAUGUGUCAUGUAGGAAGACUGAGAUCUAUGAAGUGAUGGCAAUGCAUAUUAGGCAAACUUGACUUUUUUAUAGGGUUGGCUCACUAAAACCAGAAAUUAGAUAUAACUGAGGUAUUGCUUCAGUAUUGCUGAAAAUUUAUUGUGACUCUAUUUUCUAUCAAAAAUUUGCCUUGUAUUCCCUACUGACAGAAUUAAAUGGGAUCAAAACCAAGAGGCUUUUUGUAGAUCUCAGUGAAUCGUAUCGACAAGAUGCCAGGUCAAAAAAAACAUAUAUGUAUUAUAAAAGAGAUGCAUAAAUAGUGAAACUAACAUGGCACAAGCGACUGAAGGAGAUUUAAAUUAUACACAGUACAGCAUUCUAUUCCUAAACUGGUUCUAGGCUAUUGCUGAAGAAGCCAGUCUAGAACAGUUUGAAACAUUCUAUUUUUCUUAUUCCGUGUUGCAGCUUUGUGAACAAGGGACCUUGCUGUACUGUAUUUCACAUGGUUUGUUAAAACCCAGUCCUAGUGGUGCAGCAAUGUGAUUCCAAUCAGUGUACUGUCUAAUGGGAGCAUUGUCAAGGCAUGGUUGAUGGAUCUUCACACAGAGUCUCACUAUAUAUCUGUGCAGGGUCACUGUAUUAGUUCUUGGGCUGCAGUGCACUGUAGCUAUUGCUUGGUGUGUAUUUCUCUCCUCCCUUUUCCUGCAGUCCUGUCAGAACUUCGAUGAUGAGAUUGAGGUCCUGUUGGAAGUGACUCUGCAGCAGCAGCAGCAGUUGUGAUGCAUAGUUCACCCCCUAGUCUCUGCAAGUCGCUUUGGAUAAAAGCGUCUGCUAAAUGACUAAUUAAUAAUAAUAACUACACCCAGGUAGGAUUCUGUUAUUAAAACAAUGGCAUGGACACCUGUGUGCUUUUUUUUUAUAUAUAUAAAUUUAGUCGUUGCCAAUUUUUUUCAUUAUUCUCUCCCAAUUCAGAAUGGCCAAUUAUUUUAUUACGGUCGGCUCACCGCUACCACCCCCGCACUGACUCGGGAGGGCGAAGAUGAACACACACUGUCCUCCAAAGCGUAUGCCAUCACCCGACCGCUUUUUUUCACACUGUGGACUCACCAUGCAGUCACCCAAGAGCUACAGCGUCGGAGGACAACGCAGCUCUUGGGCAGCUUACAGGCAAGCCCGCAGGCGCCCGGCCAGACUACAGGGGUAGCUGGUGAGCGGUGAGCAGAGGACACCCUGGCCGACCCAACCCUCCCUACCCCCGGGCGGCUCUCAGCCAAUUGUGCGCCGCCCCCUGGGAGCUCCCGUCCACGGUCGGCUGUGGAAUAGCCUGGACUUGAACUUGCGACGUCCAGACUAUAGGGUCAUUCCUGCACUCCACGUGGAGCGCCUUUACUGGAUGCGCCACUCGUGAGCCCCCUGACCUGCGUGCUUUUUGAAGAUAACGAUAUAUAAUACCACUCCCUGCAAAGAUUCAUUCAAAUAUUGCCUUUUAAAAAGGACGGCACCAAAAAUGAUUCAGAUAGUUACAGGUUAAGUUGUGGAAAAGUUUCCAGUGAAGCUGAUGCGGUUAUUUGGUGACACCUCGCCGGGAUAAGAUGAAUUUUUAGUAUUUUUCAGCACCAGAGAAUCUUAUGCAAUGGCAUUAGGCUAGUUGAAGUAAUUAAUUAGAGACAAUCUCAGUAUCUGUCUAGCAUUUCCUUGUCCAGAUUCAGAGGUGUAUUUGUAGGGUAAUAUGGAAGGCUGUGCAAAGACGACAAAGCUCCAUAUCGAUGUCACGGCUCUAAAAAACUUGGGGAGAUUUUGUGGGGUCUGCGUAGGACGUAAUGUGUGAUUACGAAAGGGAAAGGUUCUGUAAGUCAAGAAGGAGGAUCACUUUGUGUAGAAGGAAGUCUACAGCUUGAAGGAAUUGUGUAUAAUAUAUAAAACUAUAGACAGGGGAACUCUGGGAAACUGAAUAGUUUUUGGUGUCACUUCUAUAUUGAAACGUCAAAGCUCUAUCAAAUGUCUACCAGCAACAGUAUUAUUAUGUAACUGCUGUGUACGUUUCCUAAAUAUCACACAAUAUGGUUGAAUAUUUAUACUACAGUUUAUUGUAUAUUCAGUGUUAUUCUUGACAGCAUUUUGAUAAAGGUAGCUUCUAAUGUAUUUAUUGACUUUGAACAAUGAAGUAAUUUCCUUGUAUUUGUAUGGUGAUGCUACAGCUCUGUAUAUACAUGUAAAUAACUUGUGUCUCGUUGUAUUUAUGAGUGCAUCCUGUAAAUAAACAA